AUGAUUGAAAAUAAUACCGGAUGUAUGCCACCUCGAGAAUAUAUCAUAUUUAUACCAGUGCAGUACUUCGUUAUAUUAUUUUCAAUGUGUGGGAUGUACGUAAUGAUGUGCAAAGCUGCUGUCACUAAAAGACGCCAGAUUGUGUCGAUUGAAUCAAAUCUAGUGUUAAACUCUCGUUUGAUGAAGUUCCGACAUGAACUUAGAGCAGCAAAAUUUAUGGCAGUUAUUUUGGUAAUAUUUAUGUUCUGCUGGACACCGUUUGCCAUAAGUUUAGUUUAUCAAGCAUCAACAACAAAACUAAACGAACUUCUGAUACACAUAUCUGAGAUAUCUGCUUUUUUCGGAGUUCUGAAUUCAUUCGUCAAUCCUGUUGUAUAUCCACUGCAAAACAGACGAUUCAGAAAUGCUACCUUUCAAAUAUUUGGUCGUAUCAAAAGGAGAUUUGCAAAACCCCAACAAGAUACAUUCUGUACAGUUAUAUAA